AUGUCGCCGAACGGUCUCUCUGAUGGCUUAGAUAGCUACUACCUAAUAGACUCAGGCGCUCAAUAUAGUGUCCCAAAUCCAUCUCCACUAGAUAACUUGCUCAAGCUAUAUGGAUUGGAGCCGAUUGCACAGUCUCUUGCCCGGACGAAGAGUGAUGGUUCCAAAGGCGUCAAGCUCAGAAAGUCAUACAAAAAUCAUAUCCUGGAUUUGCCAGGAAAGCACCAGAUCCCAGGGGAGAAACCCGUUAAUGGCGCCCUUCUAGAUCCAGAACUUGCUCAGCAACCAGACGUAAUAAAGCAAAUCGGAAGCGAUCUUCUAAACCACGCUCUUAAGUUUGACAAGUCACCAAUCAACGGCAUCCCUGGGUUCAAUUCGGCAGAUUUGGCCAUUAAUGAUCAACAUACUUUGAUGAGAGGCGACGACAUGAGCGAGACUGACGAGUACAAGAAAAAACGGAAAAAGAAGCAGCAAACGAGUGGUGGUGAUGUCAAGAGACAACACUUCUGA